AAUUUGCAAAACAGAGAAAGAUUGAACCGACCGUUACCAUAAUCAUCAUCAUCAUUCAUUCCUUACUUUCAUUUCAUGUUUCUGUCUCUUUCUCUUUCACAACAACGUUAGAAUCAGACACAAAAAUGGUUUCCAAAACACCACUCACACAAAAUAAUAAUAAUAACAUAUUACCUGUUUUUAAUCCAGUUCUAAUCAGAGAAACACUAAACAAGGUGGAUCGUUGCAUGAAUCGACUACAAGAACUUCAGUUCACUGUUUCUGGACUCAAUCUAAGCCCUCGCAGUGCCAGAAAUUAUCUCAGAACAAGUUUAAGGUGCAAGCAAGAAUCCAUUAGGAUCAAGAAUAGUGCACAAAAAACAUCUCCAGUGGGGAAGUUUUCAAAAUCAGAUAAUUUAGGAGGUGAGUGGAGGCAAAUGUCAUUGCCUGCAAUGCUUGUUGGUGAAACUGUCGUAGAAAUUUUGCAGGCAAGUCAGUUUGCUAGAGAAAUGAUCUCUUCCGUUGGUCCGAAACCUGAUCCAAAAACUCCGAUAUCUCGAUCCUCACACCACAAAUCAGACCCUGAAAACACACAACUCAGAGCUAAAAGAAGCAAAGAGAAGGAAAAUAAACAACAGUCUGAUUCGCCUCCAUUACAACCUCAUCGUGUGCGUUCGAGAAUCAACUUCGAAGUGGUCGCUCCCCCGAAAAAAGCAAGAGACUUUGAUAAAGAGAAAGAGAAUAUUAAGCAUUUAGCAAAUAGAGUAUCUCCAAGGAAUAGGCCAUGGUCUAAAAAGACAGUACUGUUUCCCAACCCUUUAUUCUCUUCAACAUCUUCACAUCAGCGAGAGUUUUGCAAGACAAAAUCACCUGUCAUGUCAACAACGCCGCACAAGUUUCGGAUCAAAUCACCAUAUAAGUUUAUGAUUGAGUCACCAAAUAGAGUAACAAAAACAUCUCCUAAGUUUCGGAUAAAAUCGCCUCAUGUGUUUGUGGACGAAUCGCGAAAUAGAGUAACAAAAACACAGCACAAGUUUCGGAAAGAAUCAGAAGAACAUAAGUUUCUGAUCAAAUCACCAAGUAGAGCAAAAACUACAACACCACACAAGUUUCGGAUUGAAUCACCACAUAAGUUUCACAUCAAAACACCACCCUCACCCAAAAGAGCUACAAGAUUGAACUAUCCAAAAAGAUUUGGUGCUGCAUCGACAUCAAGUCGAACCAUCUCUCCUUCUAGAUUGGCUGCACCAACAAAGAGCAAGAAAAGUGUACAGAAGAGUAAUGCAUCAGUGUGUUUGAGUAAAAGUUCUCCAAAGAGCAAGAAAAGUGAUGGAUUGAGUAAGAGUUCUCCAAUGAGAUCAGCUGCAUCAAAGUUGCGGCGAUCGUUCUCUCCUUCGAGACUUGUAACAAAACUAGUGUUACCAUUGAAGAGCAAGAAAAAUGAUGGUUUAUUGAAACAGCGGCCACCAACAACAGUGCACUUGUCUGGUCCAAGAUUUUAAGAACAUAGUGUGAUAUGUUUUCAAUUUUUGUGUUUUUUUUUUUUUUCCAUAAGGAUGUCAAGCUCCUUAAGAAAUUCUAUACUGUGUCUCUAUACUAUACUAAACACUUUUUUGUUUUUCAUGUCAAUGCAGAAUUUGACCAUAUUUAUAUACUGGGAA